CCCCUCCCGGCCGGCACCCCCCGAGCCUUCAGCCCCGGCCGCGCCAUGGUGUCCUGGAUCCUCAGCCGGGUGAUUGAGCUGCUCUUCGGGAUGCUCUACCCGGCCUACGCCUCCUACAAGGCUGUGAAGACGAAAAACAUCCGGGAAUACGUCCGAUGGAUGAUGUACUGGAUCGUCUUCGCUCUCUUCAUGACCGCAGAGACCUUCACCGACCUCCUCAUCUUCUGGCUCCCCUUCUACUACGAGGUGAAGAUGGCUUUUGUCAUCUGGCUGCUGUCCCCAUACACGCGGGGGGCCAGCCUGCUCUACCGCCGCUUCGUGCACCCCGCGCUGGCCCGCAGGGAGAAGGACAUCGACGCGUUCCUGGUGCGCGCCCGCGAGCGCAGCUACGAGACCGCGCUGAGCUUCGGCAAGAGGGGCCUCAACCUGGCGGCCACUGCCGCUGUCCAGGCAGCCACCAAGAGCCAGGGCGCGCUGACCGGGCGGCUCCGCAGCUUCAGCAUGCACGACCUGCGCUCCCUGACCGAGCAGGCCCCCGUGCACUUGCAGGACCCGCUGUACCUGGAGGAGCAGGAGGGCCUCCAGCAGCCCCUGGGGCUCCGCUACGAGAGCGAGUCGGACGAGGAGGAGCUGUGGUCGGACUCGCAGGUGUCCCCCUCGGCGUCCCCACGCCGGGAUGCCAGACCCCUGUCCCGCUGGCAGAGCCUGAGAAACCUGAGGAAGAACCCAGAAAAAGAGGCCUCCUGCCGCCUCCUGCGCAGCCGGACCAGGAGGAGAGAGCAGGAGAGCUGAGAAUGCCAGGAAACU